AUGAAUACAAACAGUACAUCUUUAGAACUCAAUCCAAGUUUUAGUUGGGUUGUAGAUAUGUUUUCACAAGAGAUAAAAAGAGAAGUUGAUACAGCAAUUGCUAUACCUGCUAUUAAGGUACUGACAGAGGUCAUCAGUAAGAGUCAGGCAUUCACUAUCAUGGGUCUACAAAAGGAAUUGGAAUAUGCAACUGCUCAUCUCAAACAAUGCGAUUUAAAUACCUCCAUUUCAUUAUCAUCGGUUUGCGAAUUAUUUAUUAGAUUUGUAACUAGAACUUCAUUAGAUUUCCCAAAUUUCGAUCAAUGUAAAACAACAUUAAUUAAAAGAGGUGAACAACUCUCUGAUAAAUCAUCAAAGAGUCGUACAAAGAUUUCACACCUAUCGAACCGAUUCAUUCGUGACGACAUCACUAUAUUGGUACAUGGAUAUUCACGUGUUGUAUUAUCUGUACUUCUCUAUGCAUCAUCACAAGGAAAGAGAUUCAAUGUUAUAGUAACAGAAUCAAGACCUGAUUCUUCUGGUUAUAAAUUAGCAGAGAAAUUAGAAGAAGCAAAGAUACCUGUAAAGUUAAUUAUGGAUGGUGGUGUAUCGAGAAUCAUUGAUAAGGUAGACUAUGUGUUGUGUGGUGCAGAGGCGAUCGUAGAGAACGGUGGUAUCGUCAAUAAGAUCGGUACCUAUCAGAUCAGUAUCGUUGCCAAGGCAUUCAAGAAACCAUUCUAUGUGGCCGCCGAAAGUUUUAAAUUCACAAGAUCCUACCCACUGGACCAAUCGGAUAUCGAAAGUCUCAAGAAGGAACACGACACAUUCAACAUUUGCAAACAAUGUUGCAAAUGCACCAAACCCGAACUACUCACCAUCGAUUCACCGUCACUCGACUACACACCACCCUCCUAUAUCACUUUACUAUUCACCGAACUCGGUGUACUAACUCCAUCCGCUGUCUCUGAUGAACUUAUUAAAUUAUAUUAUUAA